GAGAGAUAGUGUGUGUGAGAGUGUGUUCAGGACAGUCUGGAGGAGUAACAGGAGAGCGCUUUAUAAAAGUUCUAUAAACUUUAAAACACACGUCGAAAAGAAGGAAAUAAAGUGAAAUAAAGCACGAGGAAGAUGAUGCGCGUGGACGUCCAUCAGGCUCACCUAGUGCUGCUGUUGGCCGCUGCUGUGGGGUGUGUUCAGGUGCAGGACCACGCGCUGAUGUUGUCCAACGAGAGGAGCACGAUAGAGAGAACGUACGAGCUGACCAAAUACCUGAACCACCAGCUGAAGGAAAUUAAAGACACUUACCUCUCAUAUCUCGGUCCUCCAUUCAGUGACCCAGGCUUUUCCCCACCGAGGCCCAACAUCUCCUCCCUGGCGGUUCCCAGUGCAGCAACGCGAGAGGACCUGUGGCGUGGUCUUGAGAACGGCGCCCGCCUUGCACAGAACCAGCGAGCGUACAGCGUACUGCUGUGUGCUGUGCGUGAACUGGCGCGCUCCACGUUGUGCCCCUACCUCCAAAGCUCCCUCCUUCACUUCUGCUCCGGCCUGAGCGGACUCCUGGGUUCCAUCUCAGGGCUGAUGAACGCCCUGGGCUACACCCCGCCCCUGCAUGGCAACGCACCCCCUUCUCAGAAAUACACGCCGCUGUUGUCCUCUCCGUAUCAGCGGGCAAACAUGAACGGCCCGGCUCCUUUAAGGAACCAUGCAUCUCGGGUUCAGAGCGGCCUAGGAGGAACAAGGGACGGAACAGCUGGACAUGAGAGCGAGAGGAAGAGGGAUAGAGAAAGGGAGAGGGGUGAGCGAGGGAGGAGAGGGAGGCGGAGGGAGGGGGAGAGCUGGGCGGAGAGAGAGGAGGAGGAGCGGGAGGAAGGUCAGGAGAGGUGGAGGAGGAGGAGAAGGCUGCUGUCUGUCGAAGAUGAGGACGGCGGUAAACAAACAAGCCACGGCUACGAUCCAAACAGCAACAAUAAUAACAACAUGAACAGCACCCACACAAGUUCCAAGCACUAUUUCAGCAAAUAUGGCAAAGACAAAAACUUAAACAUGAACAGCACAGGCAGCGGCGCCUGGCUUCCCACGGAAACGGAGAGAGAGCGAAGGAUAAGCAUGGACGAAGAGGAGGACGAGUUCCAAGCGGAUGUUCCUGUCCUCUUUUCCUCUCCGUCUCUCCAUUCGGGGCGCUCAGGACGCCCCAUAUCCUCUCCCCACCCACCACUCUCUCCGCUCUCCCUUCUCUAUGCGUACGAAGACGGGGUUACUGAGGUCGAUUCGCACUUGAGCAUAGCCUCUCCCUCGCCACGCCCUGCCCUCAACGACUUCACACGGAAAGUGGAGGGAUUCUGGGUACUCAGAGAGCUCCAGAGCUGGCUGUUCAGAUCAGCCAAGGACUUCACCAGACUGAAGAAGCGACUCCGUGUGUGAGUGUCUGACUGUAUGUGUGUGUGUGUGUGUGUGUGUGUGUGUGUGUGUGUGUGUGUGUGUUUGUGUGUGUGUAAGUGAGAAAAACGUCUUGGAGAAAGAAAUACAAAAGGACUCACAUGCACUUGCAUGGAAAAAGCUAACUCAUACUGAUGAACUAAGAGAAGACACAAGAAGAGACAGUCUCUUUUCAGAGCGAGAGACGCGUCAGCAGCUUAAAUAUCGUGAAUCACAUUUCCGUCUUUUUGAGAUUUUAAAGGCGGAAAUGAAGGGCAGAAAAGAGUCUGCUGUCUCAUAAACUGACUCAGCACAUGGUGACUCGUGAUUACUGGGUGUUUUAUGCUCACACACUGUUACACUUCUCAUAACGGGCUGCGUCAUGCGUAUUUGUAACCGCUACGGUAUGCAAUCGUCCACUUACUGACAUGUUGGGUCUUUUUCCACUGCAAGCAUCUGAACCUUUGACAUCAGAAAGCAAUAAAUGUGUGGUUUGGGGGUUUUUAUUUCAUUGACCAACGUUUGAAAUGGGUACCAAGAUUAGGGUCGGCUUAGAAGCUCAAAUUAAUGAACACUGUAUAGUCUAUUGAACAUUUUUUUAAAGGCCAUGCAUUUGAAUGACCACGCAGAUAUAUAUGACUUGUGAAUAUAUUCAUAACAUCUUAUGAUGCAUUAAUAAAUCAUAUACGUAAUUAUUUAUAUAUAAAAUAUACAGUCUAUACAAUAUAUAGUUACAGUAUAUAGAAAGAAUAAUAAUAAUGGAUUUAUUG